AUGAAGCCUGUUGUAGGUCAGAAAUUCCAAUCAUUGGAUUUCGCUUUUGCUUUCUACGACGUAUAUGCCCGUGCAGUUGGUUUUGAUACGCGCAAACAAGUUAUGAGGAAGGUUGAUGAUGUCACGACCUGGUAUCAAGUUGUAUGCAAUAGGGAAGGAAGGAAAAAGGGUGGUGAGGAUGACCAGUUGAAUGCUCGUUCUGGUUUCACUAUCAAGCGUAGGAAGUUAUCUAAGCGGUGUGGUUGCACAGCUAGUAUAUCCUUCAGGGAGAAUAUAGGACCCACGCUUACAUUUAAGGUAUUGAAGGAGAUUCUUGGUGGGUUCGAACUGGCUGGUUGCACGGUUGGGGAUAUCAGGAAUGCCUCACGGGACAUCAAAGAAUAUGCACAAGGAUUUGAUGUACAAAUGGUGUUGGAUGAUAUGGCUAAGAAGAAGGAGAUGUCCGAGGCUUUCACCUAUCACUACGAAGUUAACGAAUCUGACCAGUUGGUUGCUCUGUUUUGGUGCGACGGUGUGAUGAAGAGAAAUUACCACAUGUUUGGUGAUAUUGUGUCCUUCGACUCCACGUACAACACAAACAGGUACUGUAUGAUCUUCACUCCUUUCACUGGAAAGGAUAAUCAUGGUAGUCCUGUGACAUUUGCGGCGGGGUUGGUUUUCAGCGAGAAAACAGGGGCAUUUGCUUGGUUGUUCAGACAUUUUGUACAUUGUAUGGGUGUAGCACCCAGGAUGAUUGUGACCGAUCAAGAUUUGGGUAUGCGAUCAGCGAUUGAAGAGGUCCUAGUCGGCACACGUCACCGUUGGUGUAUGUGGCAUAUAAUGCAUAAAUUGGCAGUCAAGGUACCAAACAGAUUAUUGCGGGACGACCAUUUCAAAAAGGAGUUUAAUGCUUGUGUUUGGUCGGACCUAUUAGAGCCGGACGAAUUCGAGGAGGAGUGGAAUAGAUUGGUCAUACAUCAUCAGCUGGAUGACGUCGAAUGGUUCAAAACAUUGUAUACAUAUAGGAAGUACUGGAUACCGGCGUACUUCAGGGAUUUUCCGAUGGGAUCGAUGAUUCGGACUACGUCCAUAUCUGAAUCAGAGAACAGUUUCUACAAAACUUUUCUGAAGCCCCGAGCAAACAUAGCCGAAUUCUACCUGAAUUUCAACCACGCUAUAGAAUUCUAG